UGUACUUGGUUGAGUCCUACUUGCUUAUUGAGAUGAAUCGUUUACAAAGUUAUAGUGUUAUUUUCAGAAUUUGUAGUGACACUGUUACCUUCAGAAUUUGAGAUGAACCAUUUCCAGGGCGUAUAUGGAGAGCCUAGAAGCAGCAGGGGUCCACGGAGCAGCGGAUGCGGUCGAUGGAGUAGCAGGAGCAAGGAGCUCGAGAUGGUUCAGGAAGAGUGCCUACAGAGAUUACAGAACUGGAUAGAGGUGCCUUAUGAUAGUAUAGCUAAAGAACAACAGUUUGUCUCUUCAGAAGUUUGGGUGCCUCUGUUUUGCUACUUUUUAGUUCUCAUCAUUAAGGUCCAUGGACAUUGCCAGAAUUUUCACUUUAUUGCAGUGUCGUAUUUUCAGAUCUCAUGUUCCUCAAGAUUUAUGUUUGGAAACACCAAUCACAGUAAUGUUUUUGUGUCUGUAGAUAGAUUUGCAUAUUUCAUAUACUAA